GCCGCGCCUGCAGCUGCAGCCCCCAUAGCUAACAGCCCAGGACGUGUAGGAGCCGUGAUGGAUGAUCAUUGAUCAGGGAGGAAGUAAUGGAAUGAUGAUUUCCAGUGAGGAAGCGGUCGAGCUUAUCCCGCUGGAGCAGUACGUAUCACUAGGAUAUCCGGGGUUGGGAAUGAUUGGGACGAUCCGACCAGAACCCGAGUCCAGAGAUGUCGGCGAAUGGCGGCCUUCGUCGAGCGAAAUGGAGACGGCAGGUCCUACCUUUGUUACAGGAGAAAUCGAUGUCCUUGAUGUUACCCGAGCACUGGAUCAUCGAAUCCCUCUCCCAAUCGGCCACCUACUCUCCAUUUCAGAACAGGCGAAUGAACGAAUGAUGCAGCACUGCAAAGCGAACCGGAAGCGAUUCGCUCUUGCACGCGCAAAAGAUCAGAAGGCGAAGGCGCCGGCUUUGGAGGAAAAGGCGGACGUCGCCUCUGAUCCCAUCCGAGUCGGAUUGAUACAGAAAGACGACCACUUUCUUCGGAUCAAGCCGAUUCCGUUGAAGUCAGCCGAAUGUGAUAUCAAAGUCUGGGGGGUGCCGUACAGUGCGAUCAUAGAUUCGGGAGCGGCUGUCCUAGCAAUAUCACUCCGAGUAGUCGACAGAGCGGGUAGGAAGAGUGAUUUGAUCAUGCUAACUGAGAAAGACCAGCUCGUAUCGGCUGACGAGGAGAAAAUCAAGACAGUAGGACGGAUGACAAAUGUCGCGUUCCAGCGCAAGAUACUCGUUUACGAGUAUCGGUGGCCACUGUGUUUUCUUGGAAAUCGGAUCCACUGCAAGCCGUACCGAUACUCGUUAACAGAGCGCAAGACGGCCUUGCAGCGAAUCAGGGAAUUUGAGACGAACGGAUGGAUUGAGCCUGCCACCGGUCCCUGGUCGUUCCCCGUUGUAUUGGUUCCUAAAAAGAAUGGGUCAGUCCGCAUAUGCAUCGAUUAUCGAAAGCUCAAUGAUAUCGCGAUUAAAGAUGUGUAUCCCCUUCCCCGGAUUGAUGAUCUGCUUGAUGCGAUUGGGUGCGCUAACUACUUCAGCAAGUUCGACAUUCGGCAUGGGUUUCAUCAUAUCUUGGUGAAGGAAGAAGAUUGGCCCAAGACCGCCUUCGUUUUGUUUGAAGGCACAUGGCAGUGGGUUCGGUGCCCGAUGGGAAUCUGCAAUGUGCCUGCCACGUUUCAGCGAGCGAUGAACGUGACUUUUCAUAAUUUCGUCAACAAGACACGACUGACUCAGGGGAUGAUCAACUUCUGCGUCAUUGUGUAUAUGGAUGACAUUCUGGUGUACUCAGACACGUUUCACAGACACGCGCAGCACAUCGAAUGGACGCUAGGUGCGUUGAGAGACGCAGGUUUCAAGAUUGCGCUGGAAAAGGGCGAGUUUUUCCUUCCGAAAAUAUCAUUCUCGGGAUAUGUUGUGACACGUGGAGGCCUGCGGCCGGACUCUCGAAAAGUCACGGCGGUGAAGGAGGCCCCAGUUCCGACCUCACUGACGCAGGUUCGAGCCUUCUUGGGCGUGGCCUCGUAUUACCGGCGGUUCAUCAAGGGGUUCGCGGCGAUAGCAAGGCCUCUGACAAACCUGCUGCAAAAAGAACAGCCCCUUCAUUGGGACGACGAGUGCGACCGGGCCUUCGGGGCCCUGAAGGAUGCUCUCGUCACGGCCCCGAUUCUGAUUCGGCCGGACCCCUCUCGGCAGUUUAUUCUCAUCACCGACUGGCAGCCGGAGGCUAUUUCGGCAAUUGUGGCACAGAAGGGAAACGAUGGGAAGGAGCAUGUCAUUGAGUACGCUUCCCGGACGUUGCAAGAAUAUGAAUUUGACAUUGUUCAUCGAAAGACGGAGAGACACGACAACGCCGACGGACUGACACGUUUGCAUCGACCCGAAUCUUCAGAACGAGUGGACCCAGCUCCUGGUGCACCAAGGAGACGUGAUCACACCAAUCCGAGCGAUCGGAUACGACGGCCUUCGGCUGGAUCGACGAGACCCGCCGACGCGAUUACCCACCCUCAUCCCCUUCCAUCCCCAAUGAGCUCCUUCCCGCUCUCUACUUUUGAGCUUCCUUCUUCCUUCCCCACCUUCUGGCAAUCUGAUCUUCAUCCCCGCCUCUCCUUCUGCAUAAAUCCUCUGGCUGUCCCCCUUCUCGAUCCACCUCAGUGGGACGCGUGGCGUAGAGACUUCGUCGAGCUUUCACUGUGCUUGACGGAGGUACGGGUGACGUGGACGAGGGAGGAGAGAAAUUAUCCACGGUCUGAGCGAUUGGAGCUCCUUUUGAUCCAGGCGUGGCGGACAGAAGUAGAGGGUGACCUUCUCGGUUUCCUAUUCGGGUCAGUGCGUCUAGGCUGUCGAAGGCUUCUCACCCAGGAGCUUACGGUCUCGAUUGCGCAGUUGGCAGACGAUCUCGACGUCAGCAUCGUCUCCCAGGACGAUCCGCGCUUGGUGCCCCACGUCACCUCACGCACGUUGUUGCCGUAUCUUCAGUGGUCAGCUUGCGUGGAAGGCUUCCCAUCGAGAAUUCCACCUUCGCGGUUGGAUUAUUUGGAUCCACGCGACAUCUUGGAUCCCGCUUUCUACAGACCGCCGUACGAAGACGAAUUGGAGGAGAUAAUCCGUGAGGAGCUCGCGGAGGAAAGUUCGGAGGAGGAGGAGGAGAAUCUGAACGAAGACGAAGGGGAGCCAGCACAGCAACGAGAAGACGAAGAAGACGAGCUCCCGCAAGUGGAGAACGAAGAGGAAGCAGAAGAAGAAGACAGCGAGCAAGGGAGCGGUGACGACAACGACGAGGAGCACGCCGCCGAGGAGCCCCAGCUGGAAAUUGUGCCGGUUGCUGAUCUUCCGAUCAGCAACGAUCCAACGCUCGACCCGGAGCUACCUCAGCCAGACGAUGGCGAUGUGGCCCAGAUGGCUGGGCCGUCCGCUUGCCGGCCUCCUUCCCCACUGCGACGCCGACGACGAAGCCGCUCCCCCUCUGUCUCCUCCUCCCUCGCGACCCGUCCCGCACUUCGAGCACGUCGAGAUGAGACCGAUCGGUCUUCGUCCUCGGACUCUCUCUCGACGCCCCCUUGACUUCCUCACCCUGCGCCAACUCACCCGUUCCACCGUCUUCCCCCACAAUCCCUUCCCCCGCGACACUUUCCGUCAUUACUUCUCAAUCC